AUGUCUGAUAUGGCUGGUUGGCAAUUCCAAUGUUCUAACACAACUUGCUUACCAUUUGCCACUAUCAAUGUGUCGAAUAUCCACCAGUGUCAAAUUGCUUGUUUAGCUGAAGUCCAUUGUAAAGCAUUUAGUUUUCAUAAAUCAUCGUCUAACUGCGAAUUAUUUGCUGAUAUAUCAAACCAAAAUGACAAUCUCUUGGUCAAUAUGGACACUAUUACUAUGAUUGUUACGGAUGGAACACGAAUUCCUCUUGAACCGACUACGACAUCAACAACAACAUCAUCAUCUACGUCAUCAUCAACAUCAUCCACAUCGUCAACAUCAACAACAACAUCAUCAUCAACAUCAUCAUCAACAUCAACAACAACAUCAACAACAACAUCAUCAUCAACAUCAACAACAACAUCAUCAUCAACAUCAUCAUCAACAUCAUCAUCAACAUCAUCAUCAACAUCAUCUACAUCGUCAACAACAAGAACUACUACUUCAUCAUCAACAUCAUCCACAACGUCAACAACAUCAUCAUCAACAACAACAGCCGCCUGCAGUACGUUUCUUAAUCAAACUACUUACCCAGUUGGCACUGGCCCUCAAGCAGUAGCAGUCGUCGAUGUGAAUAGCGAUAAUAAAUCCGAUAUUAUUGUUAUGAACUAUGGUUCGAACACCGUCGGUGUUCUUCUCAACACAGGCAAUGGUACCUUUAAGACUCAAACUACUUACACAGUUGGUACUCAACCACAAUCAGUAGCAGUCGUCGAUGUGAAUAGCGACAGUAAACCCGAUAUUAUUGUUGCAAACUAUGGUUCGAACAACAUCGGUGUUCUUCUCAACAGAGGCAAUGGUACUUUUAAUGCACAAGCUACUUACGCAGUUGGUAAUCUACCAAUGUCAGUAGCAGUCGGCGAUGUUAAUAGCGACAAUAAAUCCGAUAUCAUUGUUGCAAACUAUGCUUCAAACUCCGUUGGUGUUCUUCUCAACGCGGGCAACGGCACCUUUAAUGCUCAAGCUACUUACACAACUGGUGGUUCUGUAUAUGCAGUAGCAGUCGUUGAUGUGAAUAGCGACAAUAAACCCGAUAUUGUUACUGCAAACACUAAUGCAAACAAUGUUAGUGUUCUUCUCAACGCAGGCAAUGGCACCUUUAAUGCUCAAACUACUUACGUAGUUGGUAUUGCCCCAUAUGCAGUAGCAGUCAUCGAUGUGAACAGCGACAAUAAACCCGAUAUUGUUAUUGCAAACACUUUUUCAAACAACGUUGGUGUUCUUCUUAACACAGGUAACGGCACCUUCAGUGCUCAAACGAUUUACUCAGUUGGUGUUCAACCAUAUUCAGUAGCAGUCGUUGAUGUGAAUAGCGACAAUAAACCUGAUAUUAUUGUUGCCAACUAUGGUUCGAACAGUACCAGUGUUCUCUUCCAUUGUUAA